CCAUCCGAGAACUUCCCUUCCUUGUGGUCGAAAUUUAACGAUAACUUUCUAUUUUUCUGUCUUUUUAAAAUAAUAACUAUCACGAUCUCACCUCCAAACUAGAAAUUUUUCAUAACCCACCAUUGAUAUAUCCAUGGCUGUAUCUUCUUCUUCUUCUCUUCUUCUUCUUCUAAACUACACCCCAUUACCAACUUAUUUCUUUUACGCUUACAAUUCUCGGAAGAGAGGAUUUUUACAGAGUUGUAAUUCUCGAUCCAGACUCAGACCCAUUUCUCUAGCGCUCGCUAAACCUCAAUCUGACGUUCAAGAAGAGGAUAUUGUUAUUGUUGGCGCAGGGAUUGCAGGACUUGCCACCGCACUCUCCCUUCACAGGCUUGGACUUGGGUCAUUGGUGCUUGAGCAGGCUGAUUCCCUUCGAACUGGUGGGACUUCUCUCACCCUCUUCAAAAAUGGAUGGCGGGUUUUGGAUGCAAUCGGAGUUGGAAAUGAACUCAGGACCCAGUUUCUGGAGAUCCAAGGGAUGGAGAUCAGGACGGCAGAGGGAAAUGAGCUUCGCUCUUUUAAGUUCAAAGAUGAAGAUCAAAAUCAAGAAGUUCGUGCAGUAGAACGAAGAAUCCUCUUGGAAUCUCUUGCCAACCAGUUACCACCAGACUCUAUUCGUUUUUCUUCUAAACUAGAAAACAUCAUAACCACUGGAAAUGGCAAAACCCUUCUAGAAUUUGGCGACGGAAAACAGCUGCUUGCAAAGAUUGUUAUUGCCUGCGAUGGAGUCCGGUCUCCAAUAGCAAAAUGGAUGGGUUUCUCUGAGCCUAAGUAUGUAGGUCAUUGUGCUUUCCGUGGGCUAGGGUUUUACCUGAACGGGCAGCCAUUUGAGCCGAAAGUGAACUACAUUUAUGGAAGAGGACUGCGUGCAGGAUAUGUUCCUGUUUCUCCGACAAAAGUUUAUUGGUUUAUCUGCUACAACAGCCCAUCUCCAGGUCCGAAAGUUAUGGAUCCAGUAGCAUUAAAAAAACAAGCUAAAGAGCUAGUAAGAAAGUGGCCUGAGGAGCUAUUGAACCUUAUAGAUCUUUCCCAGGAUGAAACAAUCAGUAAAACUCCACUUGUAGAUCGCUGGCUAUGGCCAGGGUUAAGUCCUCCUGCUUCAAAACACAGAGUCGUGCUAGUCGGAGAUGCUUGGCAUCCGAUGACUCCCAAUCUUGGGCAAGGUGGUUGUUGUGCCCUAGAAGAUGCUGUAAUUUUGGCAAGAAAACUUGCAGAUGCCAUCAGCCACGGAUCUGAUUCAUCUGUGGAGGCUGCUUUUAGAUCAUAUGAAAGCGAAAGAUGGCUGCGGAUAUUCCCAUUAACAAUACGGGCAAAUGUGGUAGGAUCACUUCUGCAGUGGGAGAAUCCAGUUGUGUGUUCUGCACGAAAUAACAUUGUUAUACCUAAGCUGGUAAGGCUUGGACCAAUUUUGGAGCACACCAACUUUGAUUGUGAGCCGCUGUAUGAUGCAAAUAUAUGAAGAUGAUGAAAAGAAAGUGGGACAUAUUGCUUCUUCAUUGGUAGCUUGUUGUACAGAUAUCCUGGUUGAUAAAAAUAUAUACGAACUGGUCAUUUUCUAUACUGUACUGGAUAUACAUUUAUAGGGGAUAUCUAUACAUUCUCUGGCAAAA